CUUUUUAUCAUUUAAACCCAUCCCCGCCUUGACCUUAACCUUAGCUCUUCUUCCCUCUAUAUACUCCCUCUAUCUACUAAGCUCACCCCGCCAUAUUCUACCACAAUGUGCCCUGGUGCAGACCACGAGCCCAAUGGGCAAGCCAAUGGCGCUGCCCCCAAUGUUAAUGGUGACCACCCCGGUUUCACCGGCAUUGAGACUCGCCAGAAUCCCCACCCUUCCGCCUCCCGCAACCCCUACGGUCACAACGUCGGCGUCACCGAUUUCUUGAGCAAUGUCUCCCGCUUCAAGAUCAUCGAGAGUACUCUUCGUGAGGGAGAGCAAUUUGCCAACGCUUUCUUUGACACUGAGAAGAAGAUCGAAAUCGCCAAGGCUUUGGACGACUUCGGUGUUGACUACAUUGAGCUCACCAGCCCCUGCGCUUCCGAGCAGUCGAGAAAGGACUGCGAGGCCAUCUGCAAGCUUGGCCUGAAGGCUAAGAUUCUUACCCACAUCCGUUGCCACAUGGACGAUGCCAGAGUUGCCGUCGAGACUGGUGUAGAUGGAGUCGAUGUCGUUAUUGGAACCUCCUCCUACCUCCGUGAGCACUCCCACGGCAAGGACAUGACCUACAUCAAGAACGCCGCCAUCGAAGUCAUUGAGUUCGUGAAGUCUAAGGGUAUUGAGAUCCGGUUCUCCAGCGAGGAUUCCUUCCGUUCCGACCUGGUCGAUCUCCUGUCUAUCUACUCCGCCGUCGAUAAGGUCGGUGUUCACCGGGUCGGUAUCGCCGAUACCGUUGGUUGCGCCUCCCCCCGCCAGGUUUACGAGCUCGUCCGUGUGUUGAGAGGUGUCGUGGGCUGCGACAUUGAGACUCACUUCCACAACGACACCGGCUGUGCCAUCGCCAACGCUUACUGCGCCCUGGAGGCUGGUGCUACUCACAUCGAUACCUCCGUCCUUGGUAUUGGUGAGCGUAACGGUAUCACCCCUCUUGGUGGCCUCAUGGCCCGUAUGAUGGUUGCCGACCCUGAGUACGUCAAGAGCAAGUACAAGCUCGAGAAGCUCAAGGAAGUCGAGGAUCUUGUCGCUGAGGCUGUUGAGGUCAAUAUCCCCUUCAACAACUACAUUACUGGAUUCUGUGCUUUCACCCACAAGGCCGGUAUCCACGCUAAGGCUAUCUUGAACAACCCCAGCACCUAUGAGAUUAUCAACCCUGCCGAUUUCGGUAUGAGCAGAUACGUUCACUUCGCCUCCCGUCUGACCGGCUGGAAUGCUAUCAAGUCGCGUGCUCAGCAGCUCAACAUCACGAUGACGGACGCUCAGUACAAGGAGUGCACUGCCAAGAUCAAGGCUCUUGCUGACAUCCGUCCCAUCGCCGUUGAUGAUGCUGACAGUAUCAUCCGCGCCUACUACCGCAACAUCAAGUCGGGCGAGAACAAGCCCCUCCUUGACCUUACGGCCGACGAGCAGGCUCAGUUCGCUGCCAAGGAGAAGGAGAUCGCUGAGGAAAUUACUGUUUAAGCCUGCGGCUUAACAGUUUUAUGUUCCAUUUGCAAGCGCCGCCAUUGAAUGACUUCGAUGGGAUUAGAGGGUCGCUUUCGUUCUAGAGUCUUCUGUUCCUGUUCCUGUUUGCAGCGGGCCCUUUUCCUGCGGGAAGAUAUUUCCUUCUUAUUUUUCAUUAUGAUUUCCACGUUUAUGUGCCAAGGAUCUUGAUCUGGUUGUUUUCUACGGGGUUUAAAAAAGUCUUCCUUGUCCCUGACUCAAAAGAGAAGGAUUCGGUGUUGGGGAAGAGAUUCUGGGUCCUUGAUUUUUGGACCGUGUACAUACGCAGAUAUUGACUUUUAAACUGCAUUCCAAAAUACCAAGAG